AUGCUUGAGUACCUGCGAGCUAAGAAAGUAGACUUUGUGGGCCUCCAAGAGACGAUCAGGCAGGAUUUCUCGGCCUCUGAGCUACGUCGGCUAGAGGUCGGUGGCCAAUUUAACUGGAAUUGGUUGCCAGCAACAGGGCACUCGGGGGGCCUGCUGUUGGGUUUCAGGGAUGAGACUUUUGAGGUUGGGGUGUGGAGGAAGGGUACCUUCUACCUCAGCGCUCAUAUCCUCCAGCGGAGGUCUAACAAAAAGUGGUGGUUUGUGCUGGUUUAUGGUCUAGCAGAUCACCGGCGUACCGAGGAGUUCUUGGGAGAGCUUACUAGGGAAGUUAGCACUUAUCAGGACCCGGUGGUUCUGGGCGGGGACUUUAAUCUUAUUCGCCGGGCAGGGGAUAAGAAUAACGCCAACAUCAACUAG